AUGGUCUUUCAACCUCCCUCGUGGGUCCCUGACAUCACAACCCAGAUCCCUCCGAAUGCAAACGUUGCUGAGUGGGCGCUCGAGAGCCGACGUGCCACUGGUAGUGUUCGUGCACCAUUCAUCUGUGCCUUGACGGGUAAGAAGUAUACCUUCAAGGAUGUCAGAGAGAAGGUCAACGCCUUGGCGAAAGCUUUGGGCAAUGAACUUGGAUGGUUGCCGAAUCAGGGCACUGCCGAAGAAAAGGUCAUUGGUGUUUUGGCGGUCAAUUCGCUUGACUUCCUCGUUGUUUGCUGGGCCAUUCAUCGCAUCGGCGGUAUUUGCCUACUCCUUCAGCCAACUACUUCACCCGUUGAGAUUUCCUCGCACAUGACCAAAGCUAAAUGCGACAUCCUCAUCACGUGCGAAGAACUACUGCCCUCGUGCAAAGAGAUCUUAAACCGUCUUCCCAAGGCCCCUCGACGAAUCUUCUCGAUCAACUCCAGCAACACUCAAUUGCCAAAUUUUGAAGGAGAGAUCAAGUGCCUACCUCAGCUUUACCAGGAGGGCAGUGACCUCCCUGAGCUUGCGCAGCUUCAGCCAAAGGAUGCUCACACCACAGUUGCGUUCUACCUUACCACGAGUGGAACUUCAGGACCUCAGAAACUCGCCAUAAUCACGCAUGCAAACCUCAUCGCCAACGUCACUCAAGCCGCCGUCUUUGAGAGCUCAGCUAGGUACAAACACCCGGAUAUCGGCCUUGGCGUACUGCCGCUCAACCACGGCUACGGUCUCGUCACUACACAUGCUAUGUUCGUGAGAGGUGACUCGGCAGUUCUCCACCCCAACUUUAACAUGCAAUUGGUACUUAAGUCAAUUCAAGAACACCGCAUCUCGCGUCUAUAUCUGGUACCUCCGGUCAUUGCCGCGCUUGCUGCAAACCCAGUUCUCUUCGAGAUCUUCGACCUCUCCUCUGUUCAAGAUGUCGUUCUUGGUGCUGCGGCUUGUAGUGACAGUGUUACAAAGAAGAUGAAGGCUUUGAUGCCUAGUUGGAGUCUCUUGGUCGGAUACGGCCUGACUGAAUGUGUAUCCAUUGUGACUUUCAGUCGCGCGGCUGAUAUCAUGCCUGGAUCGAGCGGCUGUUUGUUCCCGUCCAAUCAAGGCCGUCUUAUCGACCAGGACGGGAAGGAGAUCACUUCGUAUGACACUGCUGGAGAGCUCUACCUCAAGUCAGCCGCCAUGAUCCCAGGGUACCUAGGCGAAGAUGAUGCUAUGAGAGCCAAGUUUACAGUUGAUGGAUGGUUGCCAACUGGCGACAUCGGCUUCUUCAGAAGAAGUCCCCAUGGCGAUGACCACCUUUACUUGGUCGACAGACUCAAAGAUAUGAUCAAGGUCAAGGGUCUACAAGUCAAUCCCGCUGAGAUCGAAGAGCUACUUCGAGUACAGCCCGGUAUCUUGGACGCAGCAGUCAUUGGUAUUGUAGACGAUGAAGCAGGUGAACGACCACUUGCCUUUGUCGUACCAACCAAGCAGGAUAUGACUGCCCAAGAACAGAAGGAACUCAUCCUGCAGUUGGACGAGAGCAUCAAGGCACAGCUAGAUGAGACGCACUGGCUACGUAAGCAGAUUCGCUUCAUUGAGGAGCUUCCACGUGGGCAGAGUGGCAAGGUACUGAAGAAGAUUCUGAGAGAAAAGGCAAAGCAGAAGGACCUGCCGCCCAUGAAUGGGACAAAUGGUAGCCUCCCGGUUAAGAGUAUCAAUGGGGCGAACAGGAUUCAUGCACAAGGGACAAGCGAAGUAGCCCGAGUUUAA